CGUCGGUGCUGGAUGCUAAGUAGCUAGCUAGCUUAGCUGUAGCACCAAAACUGAGCAGGUGCCGGUUGUGGUUGGAUGUUCGAGUCCCAAACCAACGCACUGCCCGGUCGGUGCAGUGGUCCACCGAUCCGCCCACAUCCGUAAGCCGGUAACGACUCACAGAUCCGGAGCACAGCGGCACAGGAGCCAUGGAGGGUAGAAGGCAGCUGUAGCUAGCGGGGGCUAACACUGCUACUCUCGUCUUGAUUUUCAGUGUUUGCUUCCCAGUCAAUCUACGUUCCGGCAGUCCGACUCCACACCUCUGCAAAUGGGAUGCCAGAUCAACUGUAGAGGAGAUCCCUUUGGUCCUCAAGACAACACUGUGGGGAGAUUGUAAACCCGAGCUCUGGUGCAUCGAUGAACGAGGAACCACCAGAGAGCCCUGUCCCGGGCAGAGAGCCUGUGCAGGACAAUGUGGGACCGACCACAGAGGAGAAACCAAGCAGCAAAGCAGAGAGCCCCUCCAAGGCAGCACCCUCACCUGAGCCCAUUGAGCCCUCGGACCCUCUUCCUACUAAGGAAACCCCAAGCUCCGUGCCUAUAGAGAAAUCCUCUGUGGAGGUAAACAAAGAGGGAGCGAGGGCUGCAGGUGAAGAGCCUCCUGCUGACUGGUUAGAGCCCCUCGAGGAUGAUGAAGAGGAAGAUGCCAAUUCCUAUUUUGGUAGGAAUGAUGCAGAGGAAGAAAGCCUGGCAGGGGAAAGCGAGAGGAGUGAGAGCGUGGCGGGCAGCGAGAAGGUCUUCAAAAAGAAACAACUGAUUCAGGUGCCUCGCCGUAAGCGGUCUCAUCCUGACGAGGGAUGGGAGGACUGGACUGCACUUGGAGAGCGGUGGAAACGCAAAGAAGUUGUUCGGCGUUCAGGGAGCAGCAUUGGUCAGAAGGAUGUCUAUUACAUGAGUCCAAAAGGUGAUCGAGUGAGAAGCAGAGUAGAACUGCUGUCAGUGCUGGAGGGGGUUCUGGACCUGUCAACCUUUGAUUACAAGUCAGGAAAGUUCCAGGAUGGCAAGGCACGACCCAUUAGAAUUCGACACAGAGUAAAGAAAAAGAUAAGGGAGCGUUCUUCCUCGGAGUCUAGCUUCAUGGAGAGAGGAGACGGGGCUGACACUCCUGACUCUUACCACAGGCUCACCCCGAGCCUGGGGCCCAAAACCGCUUUUUCCAACAAGACGGGCUUCUCCACGCAGAGCACGACCAGCACGCCAAAGCUCUAUCGCAAUGAAGAUCUACCAGGGGACGACAGAAUUAAACUUCCCCUGCCCUCAUCAUCCAAACCUCUCCGUCUUCCCUCCAUCAAAGGAGAAUUUGGGACAGAGGAGAGCACUUUGGUCUGUGCCAGAUGUGCUAUUUCGUUCACAGGCACAUGGUAUGACAAACAAAGGAAGAGGCCUUGCUGUCCUUCCUGUUGGGCUGCCUCAAAGACAAGGGAGCAUCCGAUGAUCCGUUUCAGAAAGUGGAUUCCUUGUGGCCAGUGUGUGGGAUGUCACAACACCGUGAAUUGUGGGCAAUGUGCCAAUUGCAAACAUGGCCUGCAGAGCCCUGAGUCCCGGAAACGCAUAUGCCGAAAACGCAAAUGUAUUUGUCCUAUUCGCAAGGGACCUGGAAGUGGAGGCUUCCCGCAGCAGGCGUCGUACAAUGACGUUACUGAAGGCUUGGAUGACACAUGUAUGAGUUUUAAGAGUGAAUUUGCAGACUCACAGCACCAGAGUCUCAAAAGCAGCGACACAGAGAACUUCUCGGUCAAUGUGGACGUUGAAGAUGAGGACGAUAUGUCAACGGACGACGAUGAUGAUUGGCAUAGGAAGCGAAAGCGACGCGCGUGUGGAGAAUGCAAUGCCUGUCUCUGCAGGAAAGACUGCGGCACGUGUGAUUUCUGUGCAGACAAACCCAAGUUCGGAGGCAGCAACAAAAAGAGGCAGAAGUGUCGUCUACGGCAGUGUCAGAGGCAGGCGAUGAGGCACCUACUGCCCUUCCAGAUGGGACAUGGAGACUUUGGGCCAGAUGGUCCGAUGACUCCGGGUAGGCCUCGACCUCACUUCACGUACAGUCGUAAGCUGAAUUUAAAGAAAGACAAAGGGCAAAAUUUCGGCUUGGACUUCACUGACAAUGAAGACGAUGACUUCCAACCAAUAAGUUGGAGCACUGAGCCUGCCAGGGGUAGCAAACACAGUGAACUAUAUCCACGGAAUUACUCAAAUCCGGAGCAGCAGAAUGGACUGUCUGACAGAGUGCCUCGCGUCAGCCACCAUAACUACAGUCAGCUAGACCGGCAAAGUAGAUGUGAUGCAGAGAGAUCACACUCAGGCAGAGAUGGUCGAAAGCCCAUUGAUGAUGAUGAUGAUGAUGAAGACGAUGAAGAAGAAGAGGAAGAGGACUUGCCCAUGAUCACACAGAUCUUCAGUUUGGCGGACAAUGCAGCAGGAAGUGGCACUGACACAGAAAACCAGCUGCUGAAACUGCUACACUCUUUGCGAAUCUCCGUGCUACCGAUCUUAUGGUAUGGCAUCAUGGUGGAGGGCCCACAGCUGCAGCUCAUCCAGUGCUCCAAACUGUCCAACAUGACCGACACUAUGGUGCUUAUCGACCCAGGCUUCUCCUAUCAGGUCACUGUCCAGAAGCAGCCGCUGCUCCCCACCCACCCGCUGUAUGACAACUACCCCGGAUGCCUAACCACUGUGACUGAGGUGGUCAAUCUGCUUCUGGGCCUGGAGAAAUAUGCCGUGUGCCAGGGUCUGUCCCCCAAAGAGUCAUCACCUAAAAAGGACCCCAUCGUAUUGGAACGUGCAUCAACAUGUGAUUUCUUGGUGAAAAGGAAUGUGAGCAUCUGUAAUCACUGCAGAGCGCUGCAAGGACUUUAACUUCAGCACAGACAGCAGAAACUCUCUGACCACAGUUGAAACCACCAAUUCUCUGGUGCAACUAUGUACCAUUUAUUUGUCUUUGUUCAGUUUUAUAUAUUUUUUUAGCCUUGGGUAUGAAUAUUUAUAUAUAUAUAUAUAUAUAUGACAUACUGGAGAUUUACGUUGGGACUGUUAUACUAUGAUGUUAUUAUUUGAAAAAAAUCCCUGCACGUUAAUGUUAAAUCGGUCGUGUUUCUUCUCAGACGGUCUGUUCAUGGCUUCUUAUCUUGUCCGUUAUUUCAGUAUGGCCAGUGUGAUGGGAGGGGCUGAAAUCAAUGUGUGAGCCACACUUACACUAAUAUUCACUCAUUUCCCCCUCAUUGUCAUUAAAACAAUAAUAGGAAAUAAAUGCCACGUUUUUUUGUGUUGUUUUUUUGUGUCAAAAUCGGGCUUCACAAUGUUGUAGUGUAUCACACAUUUGAUAGCAUCAAAUAAUACGUAAUUGUUUGGUCUAAAUAACAGUUGUUCCCUUGAUCGAUCCGUUUCUUCAGUAACCAAGGUUUUGAUCAUUUUCUUUUGCAAUACUGAUACCAACUUAAUGUUCAAACCCCUAAAUUAUUGUGUAUACCAGUUUAUUCAGAUACAAGAAUUAAAAACGAGGAAAGUGAAUACACUAUAUACCAUGUAUACUAUACACUGAUUUUGUGGAUAUUACAUUGCAUUUUAACCCCCCUCACCACCCAAGCUCCUUGUUCUACGCUCAUUGAUUAAGAGAAUUGUAUCUAGUUCGUUUCAGUGUUUGUUACAAUAUGACAGACACUGAAAUCACCAAAUGCAGAAGGAAAUAAAAGUAUUUUCAGUACAUUCAAUAUCACAUGAAGCAUAAAGGUCCGUCACAAUGACCCACAUGGCUCCAUGGCAGAGAUAGGAGAUGGUGUUCACACAACAGAUGCAUCUUUAUGUCAUCGGCAAAGAAAAAGCUACUGAUAAAAAAACCUCAUUGGAGGUAGUGAUUGCCCAAAGACAUGAGGGAGACUGAAAGGCGAGCUAAUGGAGGUGCUGUGGUCAGAUGGGAUCCUGGAGUCCAGACAUCAGGUCUCUUGAACAUGUAUGACUCCCUAUAAUCUAACAUAAUUAUUUUUGGAAAGAAUAACCACGCCCAACAUAGUACUGACUCAACAGAAGUCUGUCUUAAGCAAUAAUUUUGUACUUUCUCAGAUUAUCCCUUCUAAAAGCCCAAUGAUGUCCAGUCCUCACUAUAUGUUUUAAAUCUGAUAUGACAAAGAAUGGCAAUUUUUGGAAUGCACUGUGUUUACAAUGCAGUACAGCUGUUCUGUUGCAACAAAGAAUCAUGUAAAAAAGCAUACAUUUGCCCUGAUCCUAAGACGAAAACCAGAGAAAGGCCACGGUCAUCAUGAGUUUUUGGCUGUGAUGCUUUUGCACUUAAUAUGAUAUAGGGUACUGAAAUAUGCUAAAAUGUGUUUUGUAUAAUUACAUCUGGUUAAAACUGCUGCUGUGGACAUAAGGGUUUGCAUUUUCCUUCCAUUUCUGGUCUUGAGUGGUCUGAUGAUUGUUGGUUAAUGUUUUUUUUUUUUUGUUAUGACUUCUUUAAAUUGUCUUUUUUACACCCCUCCAUUGAGUAAGUUGUUGAUUUUAUUUUAACAAUGUGAGAGUUUAUGCAUUCUAAACAUAUCAGAUUUAUUCUGUGUUCCUGGUUUCCUCAAUUAACUGUGAACAUGUUGAAGUUACUGUAUGUUUGGGGUCCGUCCAUUAUUCAUUUUUUAACUAUUAUUUAGUGUUUGAAUUCAAACAUUAAAGUUAAAUGAAACAGAUGGUAUACUCCCUGUUUUUGCCUUUUUGAAGGCAGUGUUAAAUAAAGUUUUCAUCCUGA